UCAUUACUUAUCAUCCUAAUAUAUGUGAAUGAUUGGUGGAUUAAAGAAGUUUAAAUUAAAAAAAAAAUAAUAGAUUUAUAUAAAUUAAAAUAUCAAACAAAUGUCUGGUUAUACGGGAACAGACAAUUAUUGGGGACAAUCUCCCCAAGGACAAUAUAAUUUUGAUCCUUCUGGUUUUGGACAACCUAACCAACAAUUUGAAUUUCAAACAUAUAAUGAUCAACAAUCUGGAGAUUUUUCUUACACACAAAAAAGUUAUCUUGAUCCUACACAAAGUGCAUAUACUGGUGGAUCAACCGGAUUUGUAGACGAAGAAGAAGAACCACCUCUCUUAGAAGAAUUAGGCAUAGAUCCAGAUCGAAUAUUACAAAAAACAUUAGCUGUAUUAAAUCCAUUUCAUAGAAAAGGACAAAUAGAUGAUGCAAAUUAUUUACUUCAAGAUUCAGAUUUAGCAGGACCAGUAGCAUUUUGUUUAAUACUUGCUACAUUUCUUACAUUAGCUGGUUCAAAAGCACAUUUUGGUUAUAUUUAUGGUUUAGCAAUGACUUCAUGCAUUUUUAUGUAUAUUCUUCAAUCAUUAAUGAGUACUUCUAAUAUUACAUUAUCUUCUGUAGCAUCUGUAUUGGGUUAUUGUUUAUUACCAGAAGUAGUUCUUGCUGGUCUUAGUAUUUUCACAACUUUACAGGCUACAAUUGGUUUAGUCCUUGCUAUGUUUGCUGUUGCUUGGUCAACACUUUCUGCAUCUAGACUUCUUACAACUAUGUCAGGAGAAGAAAAUCAGCGACUACUUAUUGCUUAUCCUUGUGGUCUACUUUAUGGGGUUUUUACAUUAAUAAUAAUAUUCUAAAAUAAAAUUCAUUCAUUUUUAAGAAUUUUUUAUGUAAAAAAAUCUCAUUUUUUAAAAUAUACGUAAUAU